AUGGCUCAAGUCAGGGUGAGACGCAGGCUGGAUGCAAAAGAGCCUCAGGAACGAUGUCAGACACAGCAGGCCCGCCUGGGCUUUCUCGGGGCGCGGUGGCUGGGCGUCCAGAGCAGAUGCCUCAGAAGAACUGGGCCAAAAUGCAGGACAUUUUUACAGCAUCACCUAGCCUCGGAGGUCACCUCACAUCAAUCCAGCCACGCUCUGCUGGUCAGCACGUCACAAAGUCGGCCCAGAGUCAAGUGCAGAAAAUGGCUGACUGGAGAGAAGAGCAUUGAGGUCACAGUUUGGAAAAAAAAAAAAAAAAACCAUUGGGAUGAGAGAUACUGUGGCUAUUCUUAG